UCGCGACUGAACUCGGUGAGGUGCAGCCAGGGAAUCGCCGAGCAGACUCAGCGAGUGACGCUCAGGAAGGGGAACGAUUCCCUGGACAUAUGCCGAGUCCUGAACGGGAUGUGGCAGACCAGUGGCGGUUGGGCCGAAUCGAUCGAGACGACGCCGUUGAGGCCAUGCUCCGCUACGCCGACGCCGGCCUCUCCACCUUCGACAUGGCCGAUCACUAUGGGCCUGCCGAAGACUUAUAUGGCAUCUUUAUAAAUCGAGUUCGUCGAGAGCGCCCACCAGAAUUCUUGGAUAACGUUAGAGGGCUUACUAAAUGGGUGCCACCACCGGUUAAGAUGACAAGUAGGUAUGUAAAGGAGAGCAUAGAUGUUUCACGGAAGAGAAUGGAUGUGGCUUCCUUGGAUAUGCUUCAGUUUCAUUGGUGGGACUAUUCAAAUCCUGGUUACAUUGAUGCACUAAAACACCUUACAGAUCUGAAAGAAGAAGGUAAAAUUAAGACGAUUGCUUUAACGAAUUUCGACACAGAAAGAUUGCAAAUAAUCUUAGAAAACGAGAUUCCUGUCGUAAGCAAUCAGGUGCAACAUUCAAUUGUUGACAUGCGUCCUCAACAGAAAAUGGCAGAGCUUUGUCAGCUUACAGGAGUCAAACUUAUAACGUAUGGAACAGUAAUGGGUGGUCUGUUAUCUGAGAAGUUCCUCGACACCAACUUAGCCAUUCCUUUUGCUGGCCCUCCGUUAAACACACCCUCCCUCCAGAAGUACAAAAGGAUGGUUGAUGCCUGGGGAGGAUGGAGCCAGUUCCAAGUUCUGCUUAAAACGCUUAAAAAAAUAGCUUCUAAACAUGGGGUUUCAAUUCCAACCGUUGCUGUGAAAUACAUACUAAAUCAGCCAGCAGUGGCAGGAUCAAUGGUUGGUGUUAGACUUGGGCUGGCAGAACAUAUUCAAGAUUCCAAUGCUGUGUUUUCUCUUGUUCUUGACGAGGAUGAUGUAAACAGCAUACAAGAAGUCUCUAGUAAAGGGAAAGAUCUCCUCAAAGUGAUUGGUGACUGCGGAGAUGAAUAUAGGCGUGUAUGAGAGUUGGACUUGCAUGAUCUUCUCAUUUUCAAUAGUUUUUUUUGUUUUUAAAGUAUAAAAUCCUUCGCUGAUUUUGUUUUAGUAAUACAUGAUAUAUAUCUUACAUGAAUGAGUUGUAAAUUUUAUUUUA